AUGCAGAACCAGUUGUUUAAACAAUUGGUGCCUAAAGCGAGGAAGAACUGGCCAUUUGUCGGCGAUGUUGUAUGCGUGCAGUUGAUGGGUGAGGGAGUAUUUCCUGUUCCGUUUCUCAAAGAUGCAUCCUAUUAUGACCUCGGCGGUGUUAUCGUAAAGGAAGCUCGAUCACCUUUUGAAAAGCUUCGCCGACGUGUUCCGGGUGCUAUGGCAGUCGGGCGUCUGCAGGAUUUUGUUGUUAAGGAAAAAUCCUCGUUCCUGAUGGAGGACAUGAAACCGGUACGAGAGGAAGGCUCGACAUUAAAUCAAAGCUACAGUUUCUCAGAGAACGAUAUGCGAAAUGGACUGAAAAAGUCGAUAAGUGUUGAAGUAAAUGGUUGUUACAAAAAGUAUUAUCCUGUCCUUCCGGAAGUAAACUCUUUACUAGUAGACAUCCUCAAUAAAGGUUUUCACCACCUGACCAAGUUUUACCUCAUACACACGGUAUAUUACGCCACGUCAGUACGUAUUGACGUCACUGUAGGCGAUGAGAGGGACCAAUAUUACGUCCACGAUACCAUUCCACUCGGAUUCAAACUGCGCAAGUACAAUUUUGCACAGGACGGGAAACUUACUAAAUACAAGGACUUAUCCGACCAGAAAUGGAUGGUUACGUGGAUAGAAAAGUCCAAAAUCAGAACUCCAAUGGAUCGUCUUCCAAAUGUUCCGCAUGACCGCCCUAGCCACAGUGAAGAUUCUGAUGGUUACGUCACACUUCCCGGCGCACGUGCAGGCACCCGCGACAGCUGAUUGGUGAAUGAAUUCUGUGG